ACCAUCAUUUUGUUCGUGACAUUCAUACGUAUACAGAGCUUAGAGGCAUAAUGGAAAAUUAAGCUCACAUAUCCCUUCUUAAGGGAACACAUCCUUCUUUAAGCAACAUAGGGAAGGAGCCAGAGACCGAAUUGUCGAAAUAAUGUGGAUUUUUGGAAUGAAAGGACGAUCUGGCUUCUCCGCCAAUAACACCGCCGAGGAUGUCACAAAAGGAAUCGAUGGAAGUGGCCUUACCGCCAUCGUUACUGGUUCAACGAAUGGGAUCGGAUUGGAGACUGCACGAGUACUCGCAUUGCGCAGAGUGCAUGUAAUAAUGGCAGUGAGAAAUGUGGAUGCUGGUGAAAAAGUUAAACAACAUUUACUCGAGAAAAUGGCGAAUGCUAGAAUUGAUGUCAUGGCAUUAGACCUCAACUCGCAGGCCGCUAUCAGAAGAUUCGUUGAAGAAUAUAUCUCCAAGUCUCUUCCCCUCAACAUUCUUAUUAACAAUGCAGGGAUUAAUGCUCCUCCAUUUACCCUUUCUGAAGACGGAAUUGAACAGCAGUUUGCAGUUAAUCAUUUAGGUCCGUUUCUUUUGACAAAUCUUUUAUUGGAUAUUAUGAAAAAAACUGCAAGUGAAAGCGGAAUAGAAGGAAGAAUUGUGAAUGUUGGAUCAGCAAUGCACGCUUAUGGAUACAAAGAAGGGAUUCGUUUUGACAAGAUCAAUGAUGAAGCAAGUUACAAUCCCAGCGAUGCGUAUGGACAAUCAAAGCUAUGUACCAUGCUGCACAUUGUUGAGCUUUCAAGGCGCUUGAAGGAGGAAGGAGUUAAUAUCACUGCGAAUUCACUCCAUCCUGGCAUUGUUGCUACAAAUAGUCAGAAAAAGCAAGGCCCUAUUGGUAAGUUCAUGCUUGUGACCGGGAAACUUGUGUUCAAAAAUGUACAUCAGGGUGCAUCAACUACUUGCUAUGUGGCAUUGAAUCCUAAAGUUGCUGGUAUAAGUGGUGAAUAUUUCAUGGGAAAUAAUCUAAAAAGUCUAAAGGGGAGUACUUCCCUGGCUAAGGACCCAGAACUGGCCAAGAAACUCUGGGAUUUCAGUUUGAGCUUGACUCGGCCGCAGCCCAACUAAUAUUUCAGUGUUACAGAGAUGGCUCGCUUAUUUAAUAAAGUAAAAUUAAUAUUUGAAUCACAUAUUGUUGUGCUCUAACAAAAAAGAGGUUAAAUUUUGAAAAAUGAUGGUGAGAUUAUGAUUUU